AUGAAAAAUAAUAUUGUUUUUUUAGAAACAACCAGUUCAAGAAAAAAGAUAUCAACAACAACAACUAUUAAUAGAAUUUCUUUAAGAAAUAAAACAUUAAAGAAAGAUCUUUUACUACCACCGACAAAUAUUGAUAAUGUUAUUAAAAAUAAAAAACUGAAAAAUAGUAUUGAAGAAAAAUAUUUAUUUAAAAAGUAUUCUCAUCCAUAUCAAAACAAAAAUAAUACAAAACUUUUAGAUAAUCGAUCAUCAUUAUCAGCUACCGAUAUAAAAAAUCCGUAUUUAAUAAAUUCUGAACCAUUUUCAAUUACCAAACGAUUAUUUCCAAAAACAGAAUAUCCUUCAUCUCAACGUGACUCUCUUAAUUCAAUAACCAGUGAAAAAGUUUCAUUAAUGACGGCAUUAGAACAAUCAAGUGUAGUUCAACCACUAUUAACUGAUCUUUAUCAAAUAUCAAUGGCAUAUGCUUAUUGGAAAGCAAAUAAAUAUCAAGAAAUGGCAACAUUUGAUUUAUAUUUUCGAAAAAAUCCAUUUGGUGGUGAAUAUACAUUAUUUGCUGGUCUUGAUGAAUGUUUGAAAUUUGUUCGUGAUUAUAAAUUUCAUCAAACGGAUAUUGAUUAUCUUCGUACAGUAUUACCAACUUAUACAGAACAAGAAUAUUUUGAUUAUUUACUUAAACUUGAUAUGAAUGAUAUUAAAAUAUUUGCUGUACCAGAAGGUACUGUUGUAUUUCCUCGUAUACCAUUACUACGAAUUGAAGGUCCAAUACUUAAAACACAAUUACUUGAAACAACAUUAUUAACACUGGUUAAUUAUGCAAGUUUAGUUGCAACAAACGCUGCACGAUUUCGUUCAGCAAUAGGAGAUGAAAAAACUUUACUUGAAUUUGGUUUACGUCGUGCUCAAGGUCCUGAUGGUGGUUUAAGUGCAUCAAAAUAUUGUUAUCUAGGUGGAUUUGAUGGUACAUCAAAUGUAUUAGCUGGUAAACUUUAUGGCAUUCCAAUAAAAGGUACACAUGCUCAUGCAUAUGUUAGUUCAUAUGAAUCAAUGGAUGAUUUAACUGAACGAGAAUUAUGUGAUCGUUUAAGUGGUGAACGUCGUCCAUUUGCUGAUUUAUGUGUAAAAUAUUUAAAUGAACUUGGUCCAAUACUUAAAAUUCUUCCUGAACAAACAAAUAAAGGAGAAUUAGCUGCAUUUGCUUCAUAUGCACUGGCAUUUCCAACAAAUUUUUUAGCUUUAGUUGAUACAUAUGAAGUACUUAAAUCAGGUUUACCAAAUUUUUUGGCUGUUGCACGUGCAUUACAUGAAUGCAAUUAUCAAGCUGUUGGUUUACGUUUAGAUUCCGGUGAUUUAGCUUAUUUAUCAUUAGAAGUUCGUUCAAAAUGUAAAGAAGCAGCUACAAAAUUUAAUAUUAGUUAUUUUAAAGAUUUUAAUAUUGUUGCAAGUAAUGAUAUUAAUGAGGAGACAUUAGUAUCAUUAGAAAAACAAGGACAUGCUAUUGAUACAUUUGGUAUUGGUACACAUUUAGUUACAUGUCAAAAACAACCAGCCCUUGGUUGUGUUUAUAAAUUAGUUGAACUUGCUGGUUCACCACGUAUAAAAGUUAGUCAAGAUAUUGAAAAAGUAACAAUACCAGGUCGAAAAAAUCUUUAUCGAAUAUUUGGUCAUGAUGGAAAAGCUUUAUGUGAUUUAUUAACAAGAUUUGAUGAACCAGCACCACAAGCAUCAGUUAAAAUUCUUAGUCGUCAUCCAUUUUCUGAUCAAAUACGUGCUUAUGUUACACCAACAUCAGUUCAAAGUUUAUAUAAAUUAUAUUGGGCUGAUGGAGAAAUUAAAGAACAAUUACCAACAUUAAAAGAUAUUCGAGAAUAUGCUAAAGAACAAUUACAUCAAUUACGAAAAGAUCAUAUACGUGAUCUUAAUCCAACACCAUAUAAAGUAUCAGUUACAAAUUCAUUAUUUACAUUUAUGCAUGAACUUUGGAUGAGAAAUAUACCAAUUGGUGAACUUGAAUAA